AUGGCCGGACUCUCGAGCAUCAGCCCGCAGGUGACGAACCUGGUCAUCAUCCUUGGCAUGAUGCAGGUGUCGAAGCGCAUCCCUUUUGAGGACCCGCAGACCCUCCAGCUGGUGCGCAUCGCCUACGCCGCCAGCAACGCCAUUAUCCUGGCCAUUUACCUGUACAUACAGGCUCAAAUCAACAAGAAGAAGGGUGCGUUCGAACAGAGUCCUUCCGUCGCAAGCGUCUCGCCCCGACCUACACCGCUACUAACGCUCGUGCCUACAGACCUCACGACUCUAAAGUAUGUCGAGCCUGCCCCGAUGGGCUCGUCUGAGGAGGGCAAGCUCGUCACGACCACCGUCCAUGCCUACGACAAGAGCCAGCUGAAGCAGCUCAUGCGCGGGCAGUUGAUGGGUGUCGGCAUGAUGGCUUUCAUGCACCUGUACAUGAAGUACACCAACCCGCUCCUGAUCCAGUCCAUCAUCCCCCUCAAGAGCGCCCUCGAGGCCAACCUCUCCAAGAUCUACAUCUUCGGCCAGCCCGCGUCCGGCGACCUCAAGCGCCCUUUCAAGACCGGCGGAGGCCUCAUGAGCGGUCUGCAGAGCGGCCCUGCUCAGAGCGACAAGAAGGCCGUUGAGGCUGCCGAGCGCGCCGGCCACGGUGGCGUAAAGGAGGAGUAA